UCCAGUGUCUAAUCACCUUGUACGCGUGUCUGGAUUUUGGAAUAGAAACUAACUGACAGACGAUAUCAGAAUUAAUUCAAAAGAAGAGAAAACAUACUUUUCUACUGUGUUUUGGAAAGUUGCAGUACUUUGGAGAGCUAUCUUUUUUUUUUCUUUUUGUUGUUGCUGAUUAUGGCUAUUGAUGAUAAGUCUGUUAUCUGUACACUGCACACAAUACAUCUACAAAAAAAAAGAAAAGUGUGCAAAGGCUUAAAUACAGUAUAAGCAAGAUGCACUGACCCUGCGGGAGUAAAACAUUAUAAGGUGUCCUGUGUCCUGAUGAUGAAGCCUCAUCCCUGAACCGGAGUGGAGGAAGAGAAGCUCUGCGGGACCUAUCCAUGGCAAUGAAACAAGAUGAAAAAUCUCUCAGCUUGUGAAGUUUGGUUAUGAUCCCUAACAGAAAGAGGGCCUCAAACUCCCAGAGCUGGAACUCAGCCAGAUGUAAAGAGAACAAACUGGAGAGUGAUUUGCAAAGCGUUGCCUGCUGAUUACUACUAUCAAGUAUGGCAUGGGGUGGAGCAACUAUUUUACUUGCACUUUGCAACAGUUUUAUUUAGAAAACAUUGCUGGUUUCUCCAGAAGCUUGCACAGCUGAGAAUACUUGCGUUUCACUCAUUCAAUUAAAUAAAUAAUAACCAUGUGAAUCUGAUAGCCACCAUCAAAGAGCAAGUUUGGAAUCAAAAUCCAUUAAGAUAUUUUAAGCUAUAUAUAUAUUAUUUUUUUUCUGAAGAUGCUAUUUAUUGUUAUGGGGCAGCCAGAUGUCUGCAAACAACAAGAACAACUGCAUAGAGACACAAUCAGUACAAAAAAGGAUGUAUUAGAUACACUAACAACUUGCCUUUAAUAAGUCUGCUCAGAUAUACCAGGCACAAUGGAAGAAGAAACUGCUAUUCUUACACAUGGAAAUGGCAGUGUUAAAUGUGAAGUAAACUUUGAGUUUACAUUUUAUUUUUUAUCUUCUGUUUAUCUUCUGGUCUUCAUAAUUGGAUUAAUUGCCAAUGUAUUUGGAUUAUGGAAUUUGUGCUUGAACUGGAAGAACUGGAGUUCUCUAAAUGUGUUUGUGCUGAAUCUUGGAAUUGCUGACCUGCUCUAUGUGAUUACACUGCCAUUUUUUGUGUCAUAUUACCACAGAGAAGAAACAUGGAUGUUUGGUUUUGGAUUCUGUCGGCUUACUCGCUGCGUCUUUCACAUAAAUAUGUACGCAAGCAUUAGCUUUCUCACCUGUAUAAGUGUCCAGCGUUACCUGGGCAUUGUGCACCCAAUGAAAAUGAUGGGACGUUUCCGUAAUUUACGCUACUCUUUUAUAAUUAGCUUCCUUGUCUGGAUAUGGGUGCUACUGCAGGUAUUGCCAAAUCUCCUGUUUAUGAACACUGAUAGAAACGCCACACAUUGUCAUGACUCUACUGGGAAUGAAAAUCUAGAAAUCUACAAACUUUACACAAUCAUUAUAACUAUUUCUGGCUUCUUUAUUCCAUUUCUCAUCAUUGUGGUGUGCUAUACACGUGUCCUUGCCGUACUCAAAAGAAAUAAUAACGUGGAUUCCAGCUUGAUACAAAGAAGCAUGAGACUUGUUUGCAUUAUUAUGAUAUUGUUUUUUGUUUGUUUUUGCCCUUUUUAUGUUCUUCGGAAUGUCAAUUUGCUUUCCAGAAGUUGGCAGCUACAAGGAACUUGCACUCAGACCUUAAAGAGCCUAUACAUUUCUUAUCAGGUUACCCGAGGUUUGGCAAGUCUGAACAGUGCCAUUAACCCUUUGGUUUACUUAGUGACAAAUGAAAACUUUGUAUCUAAAUUCAGAACCAUGAGGAGGAAAUCCUUGCAUACUCUAGCGUCACUGAAGAAAUUUACAACUCGUGGGGACAGCAGACAACAGAGUAUAAGUGUGAGCAAAGAUCAGGAAGAGGAGGAUCACACAGAGGAGAGCAAAGAAUGAGUGGACCAGCCCCCAUUAUGAAAAGACAAAGGCUGGAACUAAAUCUAGGGCAAAGAAAUCAUGGGAUCCUCUGAACCUCUUUGAACAUAUGAUGUGCAGAA